AUGGCUGUUGCUGAUCAUGUCACUGCCCAUGGUGGUGCGGGUGACCUGUCGACCUGUCACAUUUUUUUUACUAUCCAUUGCUUCCGCGCUCUGUACGGCGUUCCCGUUGCCAGUCACAACAAUACCGGAAAUGAGCUUGGUAUUAUCGGGCUUGGUAACUAUCUCUAUGCUCCAGACUUCAAAGAAUACUUGAGAAACUGGACGUCCCCUCGGAUUCCCCUGGAUGUUGAGCCAGAAUCCGUCUACGUUUACGGUGGCAAACCCGGAGAUCUGUCUCUGGCAGAAGCUGACAAGACAGGUGAGACUGCUUUGGACGUUCAGGCCUCGACAUCCAUCAUCUACCCUCAAAAGGAUCCUACAUACUGUACCUACCCGGGCGGCAACGAGGAGUACCUUGGCCCGGGAUUCCCCGAAUACGAUGAAGGAGAAGGCACAAAGAACAUACCAUGCGGAGGUGCGCCAAUGAGCAACGUCAUCUCCAUCUCAUACAGCUAUUUGGAGAGCCAGCUCUCUCGUGUUUACCUUGAACGCCAAUGUCACGAGUACAUGAAGCUGGGGUUGCAAGGCGUCACCAUCGUUGCCGCAUCAGGAGAUAUUGGCGCUGGGUCUUCCGACGAGCAGUUCGCACCAUCAUUCCCUUGCACAUGCCCUCAUGUCCUCUGCGUCGGCGCCACAACAUUGCAAGAUGGUACCAUUGCCGGCGGCGAAAUGGCAGCCACGUUUUCCGGCGGUGGAUUUUCCAACGUCUUUCCCCGCCCAAGCUACCAGGACGACGCUGUCUCGGGCUGGCUUUCCAACUCAGCACCAGCAUACGGAGAAGGGCGCUAUAAUCGCUCAGGUCGCGCAUACCCAGAUGUCGCAGUCAUUGGCGUCAACUACCCAGUAGUGAUUCUCAAUACCACGAGACCUGUGAGUGGUGCGUCGGCUUCUGCACCCGGCUUUGCCAGCAUGAUCAAUAUGAUCAAUGAGGAGCGAUUGGCGGAUGGCAAAGAACCACUUGGCACUUUGAACUGGGACAUAUACGACAAUCCGGAGAUAUUCAAUGAUAUUCUUGUGAGAUAUAAUCCGGGAGGCGGUAUGGAUGGCUUCCCAGCGGGUCCGGGAUGGGAUAUGGCUUCGGGACUCGGGAGUCCGCAGUAUGAGAAGAUGCGGGAAUUGUUAUUGUCAGAUCUGUAA